GGUUAGAGUGACUGCGAUUAUUCAUGACUCGCAGCGUUGCAACAUUCGCUGCUGAUGGCCUUUACCUCGGCCCGGCUCUGGGGACGGACGCGUACAAGAUGUAGAAAACGAAGAAAAACACAGUUCCCCUUCACAGGGAUGUGCAAUCGCGGCAUGCAGGGUAGGUCAAGUUGCACAGAGAAUCAAAAGGCUCAAACCCCUUGUCUCUGAUCCGAGUCAGCCAAAGGGUCAGGCAAUUUCAUCGGUUAUUACCCUGAUGCUGAACUGCAUGACCCCUUUGUAUGGCUGUUCGCCCCCAAGAUUCUGGGAAAUCCACAACGAAAAGGAGUCUAGCUCGUAUAAGCCACAGAUUGGGCUUUGGGUUUGCAUCGAAUUUCACUUGCUGUCAACAAGAACGAGGGUUGCCAAAAAUACCGCUCGCCUUGGGCCUUUGUUUAUCCAUUCCCUGUACUAUUCUAGGCUUACUACUGUAGAGUUUGCAAGGCGAACGAACUCUUAGUUGAGCUCUCAGCAGUCUCCAUCCGCUCGCUUUGGUAUACACUCUCACCGAGUUUGAAAAGCAGUUUGCUAUAAAGUACUAGUUCAGACUUCCGAUCGAGCAUGGCGCCUUCCGUCUGUUUGCCUGAUUCCGAUGAAAGCAAAGCCCGUUGUGAGGAGAAGGUGCCCAGGGAGAACGGGCGCAACGGGCGCAACGGGCAUGCCACCGUACUACGGCAGCACGUAUCAAUUCGCGCACCCGUAAUUUGCGAAAUUGCCUGCCAUCCACAAUUCGCUUCAAGACGUCAAGCAACCAAGCGUCUCCCUGCCUUGCUUGCUUGCCCCUAACCAGGAACUCGAAAUGCUUGACGCAGUGCCUAGUCAAUCCCCUCUUUUCUGGAUUUGCCAUUACGAAAUAUUGAAUGCGCCAAGCACCAAGAUUUAGGGCUGCCGUUCCAUUACGUUUGUCGAGAAUGGGUUCGAAGCCCCGAAAACCUGGGGUGACGGCGGCCACGAAACCCCAGAAUCGGUGGACUUGGCCCGCCUGCUGUCACAUUGCCUUGGGCGAAAAAGCUUUGAGGAAAUACAAUGUCAUGAUACGAUGCACUCCUCAGUUAGGCAUUGACCGAACACAAUGGAGAAAUGUCCCAUCUCAUCCUCAUCGGAUCCACAGUUCGUAGGGCUCGUCGCCCAUAAGAACAGGACGAUGUCGUUUGUGCAUGGUUACAUUGUCACUUUAUUUCUCCGACCUCACCUUCCCCUCAACUAACCCAACCCAGUCGCUCGUUUGAUUUCAGGUUGGAAAUCGGCAAAUCUGCAGUAUGUUCGUCUCCUCAGCCCUGAGCCUGACGCUCCUUGCUCAGGCGGUCGCUGCUGUUUCGCAGACUUGUGACUACCUCAAGGCCAACACUAAGGUCCUGGUCGAGACGGACCGCUUCGCCAUUCCCAAGGCACCCUACUCGGCCGAACUGGACGAGUACUGGUCCAAGGCAUCUGCCGACCUUAAGCCCUCGUGCAUUGUGUACCCGACCUCGGCUGAAGAGGCCAGCCAGGCCAUUCGCGCCCUGAGCAUCGAUGGCAACAACGAAACGUUCGCUAUAAAAUCCGGCGGACUCAGCGCAAACGAUGGGUUCAACAGUGUCAAGGACGGCCCUCUGAUCUCCACUCGUCGCCUCACCGGUGUUCGCUACGAUGCCGACAAGGGCUUCGUCCGUGUCGCAACCGGCAACCGGUGGACGGAGGUGCAGAAGCAGCUGGACCCCUUUAACGUCACUGUUGCUGGUGCUAGGGUUGGUGAGGUUGGUGUGGGUGGCUACAUGUCUGGGGGGGGUUUCUCAUUCCACAGCCCACGCUAUGGCUGGGGAGUCAACUCACUCACCGGUGUGGAGAUUGUUCUUGCCAACGGAACUAUCGUCACCGCAUCCAAGACGGAGCACGCCAAUCUUUUCGCAGCUGUCAAGGGCGGCACCAAUAAUUUUGGCCUGGUGACUGCGUACAUCAUGGAAGCCAUCCCGAUCGGCCAGGUCUGGGGUGGCCUCAUGGCUUUCACCGGUGGUGAUGACAAGGCCGACAAGAUGAUGGCUGCCAUUGCAAAGUUCACCAACGAAUUCCCUGACCACCCCAAGGCCGGCAUCAUCCCUACGGUGCAGCUCGUCCUGUCAGGCCUGAUCGAGCUCUGGGUGGUCUUCUUCUUUUACGAUGGCCCUACCGUUCCCGCCGGCGUCUUCGACGACUUCCUGGCUCUGAGGCCGUUGCUCAACACCUGUAAAACCCAGAACUUUGGUGACCUUUUGGCUGGCAACUCUGCCAUCGUUCUCCGCGGAACCCGCUACAAGGUUGCCACAGAGACAGCCAUCCUGCCUGACAACGCCCAGGACUCCGCCAAGGUGAUGCGUGCUUAUUACGACCACUGGGCCGCCACUUCCCGCGAAUACAAGGGCGCCUUUGGCCUCACGUCAUCCAUGGCCAUCCAGUCGGUGCCGAAAGCCAUGGCUGCUGCUGCCCGCGCGCGUGGCGGUGAUCUGAUUGACAUGGACGACGAUGUCAACCGCCUGAUCUACGAGUACGAUCUGUCCUACCUGUUCGCUUGGGACGAUGAUCUGGUCCACCGCGCCACCAUGGACAUGACGGCUGGCAUGAAGAAGCUCGUGGACGGUUUCGUCGCUGACGGCACCACUCCUGAUGCUUUUCGCCCCUUGUUCGCCAACGAUGUUUACCGUGGUCAAGACUACUUUAGCCGUCUGCGGCCCGAGAAGCGCGAGCUUGCUGCUAAGGUCAGCCGUGACGUAGACCCAUCAGGGUUGUUCCGCACAAGGACCGGUGGAUGGAAGCCGUGAGCGACAGUGGUGAGAUUUUGCGGUUUCCCGUCAUAGUAGUAGCCCUGGUUGAGGUAGUAACACAACCGUCUAGAUGGGGUGCUUGUGCCGCACACGCUUACCCUAUCAUUGACUACAAGUUGUAGUUCUGCUGCGAAGGAAACGUACUUUGUUUCGGCGAAAAACAAUACGAGUUGACACUUCACUGCAACCAUGAACCCACAUUCUCUUGUAUUCCCAGCAGUUGAUAAUAAGCCGCCCGUUCCCUCAGAUUAAUGAAGAAGCGGAUGCCAACAUAUGGUGGCAAUCGCCCCGUACAUGCUUAGAAGAGGUGUACAAGGGCAAGCAGGACGAUCGCCAGGCCGAGUACUGAGCCACCAGUGACGGCUGGGGCCGUAGCUCCACCAGAAUUAGCAGCCAACCUUGCCUUGGCUUCAUCACCCUUCGCACCUGGGGAUGCAUCAUGGCCUAAGACGGUUCCAAGCUCUCCCCAUUUGAUAUUGGAAUAGGUCACCGAAACAUUCGGGGUCUCCUGCUUGAUCUUUUUGGGGUCGCCAUCUGUCGGACCACAGGGGCCUCUAUCCCCAGCGUCGAGCCACUUCAUGAAGUCGCCUUCCGAGUUCCAGAUGCUGAAGAUGAGCACCAUGCCCCGUGCCAUUGACUGUCCCGUGCCGACAAUGCCACCGAGGCGAGUGUACGCCUCGGAACCGUAGGUAUCGCAGAACCUCUGAUCCAUCCCCUUCAGGGGGCUGAAGGAGGCGUUGCUGGUGUGGACGUCCUCGAUGACACGGCCGUCCUGGAUGUAUUUGCGGCGGAUCUCCUUUAGCGGCCCGGCGCGCGAGAUGUCGAUGCCCGCUUCCGGGUGCUCGUGCACGAACUGCGUGAGUACGGUGAAGCGCUUGUUCGUGUCGAUGGUGCCGCCCGGGCCGUAGAACUUCUUGUCGCCGAGCUUGUACGGGUUUAUCUGGCAGCCCGACUUGUCGCAGACGCCGGCCUUGCCUUUGCCGCACUCUUCACCGGUGCACCUGAAGGAAGAUGGCUUGCUACAUGUGUGCGGCGUCAAGGCCGUUGCCAUGCGGUUAGCCUGACAGGACGACCAGGUCAGCGAGGAUCGGUUGAGAUGCUAGAUUGUAUCUUCAUGCGCAGACGUACCUCCCAGAUGUCCAUCUCAUUGCAACAUGCCCCCGGCGGGGGGUGUUCUAGGUUCGCCACCCCAUUCUUGAGAGAGAUGCUGUGUUAGUGAAAAACGUGACGAAUUCACCAGAAAUGCUUGUCAUCAAGGUGAAACAUGACACACGUACUGUGAAAUUCUGAUCCUGGAAGCAUUGCGCAUCGCAUUCCCCCGUGCCGUAAGCGGCGCCUGCAGGGUUCAAGUCACUCCGGGACCCGGAGACAUCCAUCUCGGAGAAGUACAGCGCGCCGUUCAUACCGCAGCCCAGCUGAGAAACGUCGACGUCGAAAGCCAGCUCCAUGUUGACGAGUUUCAUGAGCUCAUAGUUACGAUCAUCCUCACCCAAGAGAUACACGCGGGGCGCAACCUUCUUGUACUCUGCGCCGUUGAAGAGGUAUUGGUUCUAUGAGCAGCCCAAAGGUCCAGUCAUGAGCAAAACAUGAAAAAAAAAUGAAAAAAAAAAGAUUUGUCUGUCUUCCUCAUGUCUUCACCUGGGACGGAGCAAGGCCGCAUCACAACAAAACUCACCAGCUUCAAGGCGUUCCCCUUGGUGGCCACUCCCAGACUGUCAUAAUCGACGCCCUCGAGGACGCAGUUGCGCGUGCACGUGGCCGCGUCGGGACACAGCGCGGUGCCAAAGGCGGCUGUGCAGGGCAUGGAGACGUUGUCCUUGACGUGCAUCGGGCGGAACAUGACGUCGGCGACAAUCUUGGUCUUACGGACGACGCAGCCAUCCUUCCGGGUGCAAAACUGCGUCGGCAGUUCCGGGUGGAUCUCCGGGAUCUCCGUCCCGAUCUGCUGCCCCGUCGCCACGGAGAGGGCGGCGAUGAAGCACACCAGCGCAGCUGGAAUCCCUGACGUCCGGGCCAUGGUUAUUUUUAUAGGCUGUUGUUACACUUGUUACUCGCUCAAAGAAGGAUUUGAUUAUUUCUUGGUGAGUGGGAAUUGGGGAGGCGGAGGGUCAAGUCAAGGCAACAUGCUCAUGACAAAUGUCCGGAUUUAGGGUUGAAUAUACUACUUAAGAUUCGCGGAUCCGGGGGCGCAUGUCCGGUUGGGCUCCUUCAUGAUAAGGUGCUGGCUUUCACCCCCUCUCAGUAAGACUCGUACGCUCGCUGGAUUUCCAGGUGCUAUGUAAAGCUUAAACGGACCUCAUUAGUCGUGCAUUGACUACUAUGAGGGGAAGGGGAUGCGCAUGUACACGUUUCAUCAUUGACUGAUCAGGAACUGCUAACACGGAGACUGGCGAAGCAUAAUAUUGCUCGGCUAGUAAUAGGGUGCUCGCUAAAGCCGUCGACCCUGUGUCAUUGGGCUGCCUUAUUGGGAUGCCGUCACGGGCUCUUGGCAGAUCAAACCGCAGAGCACUUUUGGGCAUUCAUGAGAAGCUAUUAAUGGCCUGCCACUCGCGUGACCGAACGGGUAUAAGCGAAACUGUAUGCUGUUUACUUUCAGAUCAUUCCCUGUUGC